GCAGGCACGCCACACCUCGACCGAAGCUCAAGCAGCCCGCGGCGCGAGGGCGCCGAACCCGCGCCGCCUGCACCGCUCCGCCCUCGGCCCCGGGCAUGGGGAAUCCCAGGCCAAGGUCGCAGGCUCCUGCCGUGGGAGGGCCCGCCCGGGGCCCACCACGCGGCCAGCGCCGGGCCCGCGCGCGCGCCGCCGCGGCUGCAGCCUGCCGCGGCGCCGUCCCGCUUCAGCUUCGCGGCCGCGGUCGCGGCCGCGCCGCAGAGCAUCGCGGAGGAGCAGGAGGAGUCGUCGGCCUCGGGGGCCGGCGAGGCGCCGGGCUCGGGCGGCGUGGCCGACGAGGAGGGCCGCGCGCCCGGUGGCGCGGUGAGGCGGACGCCAGGCUUCACGAGCUGACCCUGCCGUCGGACGGAGGCGCGCGGUGCUACGCCGCGCCGCCCCCUCAGGAGGGGGGAGGGGUGCCGAUGCCUCUGCUCGCUCGGAGGGCCCUCGUCGCCAGGGCGCGGUCCUCCUAGCAAGGCCCGUCGGAGCGCACCCUGGGAGAGAAGUCCCCUGGAGCACGUGGCGGUAUCGGUGUUCUGUUUUAACCCGGCCGUCCUCCUCGCUGUCCUCCUCCUCUCCGUGCUGCGCCGUGGUCUGGCAGCGCGGAGGCGGCCGGGUGCGGCCUGGGUCAAGGGCUGCAGCCCCUUCGGCCUGGGUCAGGGGCUGCAGCCCGCAGGCGGGAGUGAGUUUUGAGAGCGGCGGUGCCGCACGCGCACCUCGUGCCCAUCUUCGCCGCGUCUUCGAAUUUGGCAGCGUAGGUUAUCUUGUGUUGCUAGCGACUCGUUGACGCGCACGUUGCGUGUGUGUGUGUGUGAGUGUGUAAUACGAGGGAGGAGAGCUUCAUUGCUCCCAUGUUGCGGCGCAGCCCCCCCCUCCUCCUUCUCCUCCAAGCCAUCUCCUCUCGGGCCAUCCUCUUGCGCCUCCGCUUCUUAGCUGUCUCGAUACGCCCGUAUUGACACGCAACACGUCCCGUGUUCAAGACGUCCGUGUCAAUACGUUGCGUGUUGGCUCCACGUAUUGGCCCACGUUUUGGCGAACGUAUCGCGUCGGACCUACGUUUCCAGUCCACGUGCUGAGCUCCGUAUCAAUACGCCACGUGUUGCGUGUUGCGUAUCGGGGCAGCUCCGCUUCCAUCCCCGCCGUCCCCCUAAAGGGAGACCGCGGUCGCGGGGACUAGGCAUAGGUUCAGCGGCGAGCGUCCGCGCGGGAGCUGUGGCCCCGCGCCCGCGGGGGGCGCGGGGGAGGCCGUGGCCUGCCGGAGAUCCAUCGACAGCGUGCGGUGUCGCCUCAGAGACAGAGGAGGCAGAGGUGCGCACGUGAGUGGG